AUGGGAAUUAUUCUUGCUAAACUGUGGCGCAAGCUUACCAAUAAAGAGGAUGUAAAAAUUGUGCUCGUUGGGCUGGAUAAUGCGGGAAAGACUACCGUCUUAUAUAAAUUGUUAUUGAAUGAGGUAGUCGUUACAACACCUACUAUAGGAAGUAAUGAUCUCGGAGGUCAAGACUCGUUACGUGCAACAUGGAAAACAUAUUAUAUAAAAACAAAAGCUGUUAUCAUGGUUAUUGAUAGUACAGAUAGGGAUCGAUUACAUAUAUCUAGGGCAGAAUUACAUACAAUGAUGGAGGAUGAGGUAUAUUCACAAAAUUAUUUCUACAUGAAAGGUGCAUUAACAGCUGCACAAAUUUCCGAGGCAUUGAAUUUGACAAGCUUGCGGGAUAGACAAUGGCAUAUACAGGCUUGUUGUGCAUUAACUGGUGAAGGUCAGAAGCCUUAUUUUGUCAAUCAGGCAACCGGAAUUACACAAUGGGAUCCACCUCCACUAAAUCAACCGCAAUAUAGUCCACCUUCACAACCACCACCUCCAAAUCAACAAUACUAUAGACGUAAAAAGGCAUUGUUGAUUGGAAUUAAUUAUUUUAAUACUAAAGCUGAGUUGAAAGGUUGUAUUAAUGACGUUCAUAACGUAAAAAGGUUCUUGAUUGAAUUGUAUGGAUUCAGAGAAACCGACAUGUUAAUCUUAACAGACGAACAGAGUGAUCCGACAAGGGUUCCUGUUAGAGGAAAUAUUAUAGCAGCAAUGAAAUGGCUUGUACUGGAUGCCAGACCAAACGAUUCUGGACAUGGUGGUCAAGAAAUGCAUGAUAUAAUGGUGAGACCACUUUUACCCGGCGUAAGGUUAACUGCUAUUUUUGAUUCGUGCCAUUCGGGGACUGCUCUCGAUUUGCCAUACAUAUAUUCUACGCAUGGUGUAGUUAAAGAACAUAGUGUUAUUGCUGAUGGAGGCAGUGCUAUUAUGAGUGCUGGAAUGUCAUACUUGCGAGGUGAUAUUAAUGGUAUAAAAACAACUUUGAUGUCAUUUGGAAAGAAAGCGAUGUCUGGAAACAAGGUAGCAGAGAAAAAUAAAAUAAACAAAUCAAGUCCGGCAGAUGUUAUUAUGUUUAGUGGGUGUAAGGACUCUCAGACAUCUGCGGAUGCUAACGAAGCUGGGCAAAAUACCGGAGCCAUGUCAUACGCAUUUAUUACAGCGUUGAGGGCUAAUAGGUACCAAACAUAUCAACAACUUUUGAAUAGUAUCAGAGAUAUUCUUUCGCAAAAAUAUACACAAAAGCCACAACUUAGCACGUCUCAUGAAAUGGAUAUGAAUACAUUGUUUAUUAUGUAA